CUUCUGUACCUCGCAGCACCAAGCUAGCUAGCUUCGAUCAGUAGCUGGAGGAUGAUGAGGAAGUUGGCGGUGUUGGUGUUGGCGGUGGCGAUGGUGGCGGCGUGCGGCGGCGGCGUCGUGGGUGUAGCGGGGGCCGGUUGCAACGCUGGGCAGCUGACGGUGUGCACGGGGGCGAUCGCGGGCGGGGCGCGGCCGACGGCGGCGUGCUGCUCCAGCCUGCGGGCGCAGCAGGGCUGCUUCUGCCAGUUCGCCAAGGACCCGCGCUACGGGCGCUACGUCAACAGCCCCAACGCCCGCAAGGCCGUCUCCUCCUGCGGCAUCGCCCUCCCCACCUGCCACUGAUCCAUCCAUCCAUCGUCUCCUACUCUUUUAUUUUGUGAUGUGGUGUACGUGUUCGUAGUAUUGUCUUGGCGUCAUCUCGUCACGACGCGUAUAUGCAUGCGCAGUGCGGCUUUUGAAUAAAAGGGGAUCGACCGAUGUUAUGUGCUUGGGUGGUCAGUUCGCGGUUGGCUGCAGCCUGCAGCUGACUUGCCUAUGUAUACAUGUCGUCGUGUUAUACAGAUAUAAACUCGAUCGAUCGAUCCGAUUCCGAUCGAUAUUCUCAA